CACAAAACAUAUUUUGUGAAUGAGUUAUUGAUUCAAACUGAAGAAUAUUUCAACAUAAGAAAAGUUGCCAGUGGCAUUCUCUGUCGAACGCUUAAAGGAAUUAAGGAUUUAGUCGAAACCGGAGAUGCGACACGGAGAAGUGCGUCAUGUCCAGCUGGGUCUGCUACUGGCUGCAGUGGUGGUGGUCUCUGACCAAGUCCCGGACCCGGGACUCAGCCUGGCCAAUGAGAGGACUUCGAUUGAGAGGACCUACGAAUUGACCAAAUACCUGGAGCAUCAGCUAAGAGAGAUUAAGGACACUUAUCUGUCCUACUUGGGCCCUCCCUUCAGCGACCCGGACUUCUCCCCGCCCCGGCCCAACACCACGGCGCUGUCUCUGCCGAGCGCGGCCACCCGCCUGGACCUGUGGCGCGGCCUGGAGAACCGGGCCCGGCUGGCGCAGAACCACAGGGCCUACAGCGUACUGCUGGAGGCGGUGAAGGAGCUGGCCAGGGCGACGCUGUGCCCCUACCUGCAGAGCUCCCUGCUGCACUUCUCCGCCGGGCUGGACGGCCUGCUGGGCUCCAUCUCCGGCCUCAUGACCACGCUGGGCUACGCCCUGCCCCCGCAGUAUUACGCCCUGCAGCCGGCAGGGGGCCCCGCCCCCAACCCGGAGCUGCUGCCCCGUCACUACUACAGCCCUCCGGGCGGAAGGGAGAGGCAGAGGAGCCGAGAGGCCGAGAGGGCAGCGGAGAGAGAGAGAGGCCCCCACAGAGAUUUCGCCUCAGACCCGAAAUCUCAGCCUGACGGAGACCCCCCGGCUUUCAACCCCGAACUUAGCCCUGGAGGGAGGAGCAAAGACAGCGAGGAGGAGCCGGGGGAAGAGGGAGAGAUGGAGGGAUGGGGGAGGAGGAGGAGGCUCCUGAGCGUGCCAGAGGAAGCAGAGAUGGAGGGAGGAGGUGACGGGAAAAGCUCCGCGCAGCUAAUUGACGGCCACCUGCACGACCACUUUGCAACAUCGGUCCAGCUCAGCCACUCCGGCCAGCGCACUCGAACACGUGCCGUCUCCCUGUGGCAGGACCCGAAACAAGCCCAGGCACCGGCGUUCCGGGCGGAGAUGACGAAGGAGGCGGCGUCCAACGGGCCGGGGCGAGAGGCCGCUGUCCCCGGGGGACCAGCACCAAUCAGAGUCAACCUGACGCAGUCACAUGUUGCGGGGCCGCUGCAGACCUUCAGCGUUAACAACAACAACAACCACAACGGCGGCGACCGCCUCGGCAAUCACCUCGGCAACCACCUCGGCAAUGACCUCGGCAAUGACCUUGACGAUGGUCGCACUCCAUAUAUGGGGAGAGACCUGCAGAAGGCAGAGCCAGAGAGGCGGGGGUUCGGGGCCAGGGAGGGCCACACGCUCCUCUCCGACCUGGCCCCCGGGAGCCCCCUGCCCCUGUCCCUCAGGACGGGACCCCAGCUGGCCCCCUCGCCUCUCCUGUCGGCCCUUUCCAACGCCCCCCUGCUCCACGCCCCCUCCCUCAACGACUUCUCCAGGAAGGUGGAGAGCUUCUGGGUGCUGCGGGAGCUGCAGAGCUGGCUGUGGAGGUCCGCCAAGGACUUCAACCGCUUGAAGAAGAGGCUGAGAGCCUGA